AUGGCAAACAUAAACAGAAUUGGUUCUCCCAUGGACCUAUUGGACGAGGGACUCAGUGAACCUCCAGACAAAAUCAAAUCCAGAAAACAAUUUCUUCGAGAUAAGCAGCGGACAAAAUCACCUUUUCUAAUUGGUUCUAUUGAGGAAGUGAACAUGAGAAUCAGCCAGCUAGACCAGAAGCUUCAGAAUUAUGCUCAACUGGUGUGUGAAAGUCGAGCCUCUCAAGUGGAUGAUGUCCAGUCAACCUUUAGUAGUUCCAAGGAAAGAGACCUGUUUGACAAAAGAGAAAAGGACAAGAAAGAAGUGUGUCAGUUUGCUGGAGUCUAUACAUUAAAGUCAACAUUCCUGCCAAAUCUGAGCAGCCGAGUAAAGAACAUAUCCAAGAUCAGUAUUGCUCCAAAGGAAAACAAAAUGGCAGUCAUCUCAAAAGAAGAAGCUGGCAAGCCAAAGUUUGUUGAGCUUCACUUGUACCCAGGAUUUGAUCCCCAAGAACUGACCCCUCUACCAGCUGGGUUUGAACCUGAUGACAUCUUAAGAAAAGUGGUCCAGGCCUCGGUGCAUCCCCAACAGGCGCUGGGCUCCAAGCAAAAAAUUGAACAGCUUCUCGUUUCUCGGCUGUCACAGGCCAUUCUGCUGGACAUAUUCUGGUAUCUAUUUCUGCAAAAGUUUCAGCCUGAUACACCCACGCAACAGAAACUGUUCAAUCGUGUGGCCCACAAUUAUGUCCACCUUCUGAUGAGCUCCUCAGACAUUGCAACAAAGGAUAUCUUCUUCAAGGCCUACCCCAAGCUGAUGUCUCAAGCUGUAUAUUCCAGUUUUUGCCACUGCUUCCCAGACUCAUACCGACAAUUUGGGGAACAUUUCCGGGACGACCUGGUUAACCUUGUGUACGCCUGGAUGGCAGGGAUCCGACCUUCACCAAGGAUCUGGCUGAGCUGGAACAUGUCAUCCCUAGAACCAGCAGGCGUGAAACAACGAGAGGACAUGAUGAACAGGAAGAAUAACAAGAAAGGUGCACCACUGUUUGAGCUGGACAAUCUGGUUUCCACCAGUGCCAGUCAGGAUAACUCAACAAGGACAAGGUCCCCGUCUCUGUCUACAACCAAGUCCUCGACUGGAUCAGUCAAGACAGUCAGAAUCUCACAGGGGGUCAAAGGGGCAGCCAUUGCCAGUAAAGCCCUGAGUCCAAUCCACGAGAUGGUACUUGAUGGCAGUGACUCAGAGCUGCAGCAGAAGUCACCUCAGGGUUCUGGGAAGAUUCACCGGCACAAGGCUCCAAUUCAGGAUCUGGAGUCCCAUCCUGUAGGAAAGAGCUGCGAUUAUGUCCAGACAGUCUUCGAUGUCCACGGCAAGAGUCCACUUGUGGAGCAUUUUCUCAGACUAAAGGGUUUGAACCACAAGGCUGGACAGCUAGUGCUGGUUCAGAGGCUAGAGCUGGAGAAUCUGCCACCAUAUCCUUUGUUGACCGCACCUACGAUUUUCCUUGACACAUUGUCUACUCUGGAUGCUUCAACCUAUAAAGAUGUUAUCAUAAGCUCCUCCAGGAGCAUGCGGCACAGGAAGAUGCUGUUUAAGGAGCAGCAGAGCCACAAUGUCAAGGUUGCCCGAGCACGUAUCAGUGAAUGCAAGAAACAGGUCAGAGAGCACAUCCGCAGACAGACAUCACUGCUGGCCGACCAGGAGAGGGUCAAGAAACUCAGUGACCUUAUUAUCAUGGAGCAGAGAAGAAGUAAAAACUCGGUAACUGCAGGAGCUGAUGCAGCACUCACAGCAUCCCUGAUGUCUGAGCACUGA